ACAGUUUGAUUCUUCUUUUACAUGUAUCUUUUAGAUUCGAUGCUCUUUACUGAUAGAUCGUUUUGAAUUUCUGAUCCAUGGUGUAGUGUUAGGAGAUCAAGUUUUACAGUUCUGAGAUUUUUAUAUUGUUCGAUGGAUUGUUGAUUAGAUCUGAGUUAACUUGUUGUAUGUGAUCUUAAUAGUUGAUUUGUGAUGUGAUUGGGUAAUUCUGGAGCAGCAUAACAAAUCCAUAGUUUUCUUCUUCUUGAUACAUAAGAUGGAAGCUACAGACGAAACUACAAAAUCCACAGCCAAUUGUGAGCAAUGAACCUGAAUUGCCUCAAGAGACAGAUUUUUCAACAGCUUCUGAGUCUGAGAUGCAGGUCAUAGCAUCUUUCUCUUUGAAACCUAAUGAGAAUGAAUUUGUGGGUCGACGACAACUUCUUUCCUCCGCCUGUUCCAGAAUUUCUCAAGGCGACGUCGUUUCACACCCACCCGUUUCUUCAGUCAAGAUUACUCGAGAUUGGAAGUCGAAUUUACAUGAGUUAGCUAUGAAAAGUGUCCCUUCGACGACAAGGCGAAUCUUGUUGACAAGUUUAUUCAUGAAUUUGUGCUUUAAUCCUUCAAGGUACUUAUCAGCCUUAGCGCUUGGUGAUCCAUCUGUUGCGACCGUUGAAGAUGUUAGUCCACCUGUUUUCCCAGCUGGACCUCUUUUCCCUACUGAGGGGAGAAUUGUCCAAUUGUUUGAGAAAAAUACUUAUUCCGUUGUCAACAUAUUUGAUGUGACAUUACGGCCUCAGCUCAAAAUGACGGGUGUGGUUGAGAUACCCGAAGGAAAUGGCUCGGGAGUAGUCUGGGAUGGACAGGGAUACAUCGUGACCAAUUAUCACGUUAUUGGCAAUGCCCUUUCAAGAAAUCCUAGCCCCGGGGAUGUGGUUGGUCGUGUGAAUAUUCUGGCAUCUGAUGGGGUACAGAAGAACUUUGAAGGAAAACUUGUUGGUGCGGAUCGUGCUAAGGAUCUUGCUGUCUUGAAGGUAGAUGCCCCUGAAACUCUCCUGAAACCGAUUAAAGUUGGGCAGUCAAACUCUCUAAAGGUUGGGCAGCAGUGUUUAGCAAUUGGAAACCCGUUUGGUUUUGACCACACUCUUACGGUUGGGGUCAUCAGCGGUCUUAACCGUGACAUAUUUAGUCAAACCGGAGUUACCAUUGGUGGUGGAAUUCAAACCGAUGCAGCCAUUAACCCGGGAAAUAGUGGAGGUCCUCUGCUCGAUUCAAAAGGGAACUUGAUUGGGAUCAACACGGCCAUAUUCACACAGACAGGAACAUCUGCGGGUGUCGGAUUUGCAAUUCCGUCAUCGACUGUAUUAAAGAUUGUUCCUCAACUAAUCCAAUUUAGCAAAGUCCUUCGAGCUGGUAUUAACAUAGAAUUAGCCCCUGAUCCAGUAGCUAAUCAACUCAAUGUUCGUAAUGGAGCCCUUGUCCUUCAGGUACCGGGAAAUAGUCUGGCAGAAAAAGCAGGAUUACGUCCGACAUCCCGGGGGUUCGCUGGUAACAUAGUACUUGGAGAUAUCAUUGUUGCAGUUGAUGACAAACCCGUGAAGAACAAAGCCGAGUUGAUGAAGAUAUUGGAUGAGUACAGUGUAGGUGAUAAGGUGAAUCUUAAGAUCAAGAGAGGAAAUGAAGAUAUGGAAUUUGGGUGCUUUGAGAUUGGUAAAGUUAGGACCUUUUCGUCUACUAUGGAUAAUAACGGCGAAAAUGAUGAUGUUGAAGAAAGUGUUGGUUCUGAGAGUGAUGAUUAUGAUGAGGAAGGUGUGAUUAAUGAACUUGGUGAUGUAGAUGAAAGCUUGUUGAAUGAUUCAGUGGUUGCUAAGACGGAUGGGAUUGGUAGCGAGGCUGCUCGUGCUUUGAACGCUCGGUAUAAUGAUCCUGUGGAGUUAUACAGAGAGCUUAGGGAAAGUGAAGUGCGUUCUAAGCUUCAGCUUAGUGAAUGGGAUAGUUUACAUGAGAUUUUCGGGUAUUUUGCACAGUCGGGAUGGGCGGCUAAUCAGGCUCUUGCAAUCUAUAUUGGGAAAUCGUUUUUCCCUACUGCUGUUAGCAAGUUCCGGGACUUCUUCCUUGAGAAAUGUAGAAUUGAGGUUGUUCAGGAUCUUGUUCGUGUUGGGCCGACUGAUGAAGCUGUUAAGUUUUUGUUCCCUGUGUUUGUUGAAUUCUGUAUUGAAGAGUUUCCUGAUGAGAUCAAACGUUUUCAGAGUAUUGUUGAUACUGCAGACCUCACGAAGCCCGCAACUUGGUUUCCUUUUGCUCGUGCUAUGAAGCGUAAAAUCGUUUACCAUUGUGGACCGACUAACAGUGGCAAAACGUACAAUGCUUUGCAGCGGUUUAUGGAAGCUAAGAAUGGAUUGUAUUGCAGCCCACUUAGGUUAUUAGCCAUGGAAGUUUUUGAUAAAGUAAAUGCUUUAGGGAUUUACUGUAGUCUCUUGACUGGACAAGAGAAGAAACAUGUUCCGUUCGCCAACCAUGUAUCUUGUACGGUUGAAAUGGUGUCUACAGAUGAGUUAUAUGAAGUGGCUGUGAUCGAUGAAAUACAAAUGAUGGCAGAUCCUAGUAGAGGUCAUGCUUGGACAAAAGCUUUGCUUGGAUUAAAAGCUGAUGAGAUUCAUUUGUGUGGAGACCCAAGUGUUUUGGAUAUUGUGCGUAAGAUGUGUGCUGAUACAGGGGACGAGUUAGUUGAAGAGCAUUACGAGAGGUUCAAACCGUUAGUCGUAGAAGCGAAGACCUUAUUAGGAGAUCUUAAAAAUGUUAAGUCUGGGGAUUGCGUUGUUGCAUUCUCUAGAAGAGAGAUAUUUGAAGUUAAAAUGGCUAUCGAGAAACAUACAAAUCAUCGAUGUUGUGUUAUUUACGGUGCAUUGCCGCCUGAGACAAGGAGACAGCAAGCUAAUCUGUUUAAUGAUCAAGAAAACGAGUAUGAUGUUUUGGUUGCAAGCGAUGCUGUUGGAAUGGGAUUGAAUCUUAACAUAAGACGGGUUGUGUUUUACAGUUUGAACAAGUACAACGGCGAUAAGAUUGUUCCAGUUGCAGCUUCACAGGUAAAACAGAUUGCCGGGAGAGCUGGAAGGAGAGGAAGCCGUUACCCAGAUGGACUUACAACGACAUUGCACUUAGAAGAUCUAAACUAUCUAAUCGAGUGUUUGCAACAACCGUUUGAUGAAGUUACAAAAGUAGGGCUUUUCCCUUUCUUUGAACAGAUUGAGCUUUUCGCUGCACAAGUUCCCGAUAUGGCCUUUUCAAAACUCUUAGAUCAUUUUGGAAAACACUGCAGACUUGACGGUUCUUACUUCCUGUGCCGUCAUGAUCAUGUGAAGAAAGUAGCAAACAUGUUGGAGAAAGUACAGGGACUGUCUCUAGAAGACCGGUUUAACUUCUGUUUCGCACCGGUUAAUAUCAGGAAUCCGAAAGCAAUGUACCAGUUGUAUCGAUUUGCUUCAACAUAUAGCCAAGAUACGCCGGUUAAUAUAGCAAUGGGGAUACCAAAGAGUUCUGCUAAGAACGAUACCGAGCUGUUGGAUUUGGAAAGUAGACACCAAAUUUUGUCAAUGUAUCUUUGGUUAUCUAACCAAUUUGAAGAGAAGAAUUUCCCAUUUGUGGAGAGGGUUGAAGCAAUGGCGACAAAUAUUGCAGAGUUGUUAGGUGAAUCGUUGAGUAAAGCUUCUUGGAAGAUGGAGUCAAAAGAAGAGAAAGUGAAGGGUCAAAAGAAGGAAGAUAGAGGAUAUGAAAGACCAGCUUCAUUAAUCAAGUUAGCUAAUAAGAGGAAAGAAGAGAAUUUGGUGUGAAGAAUAACAGUCAUAAUAAAGUAGCUUCAUAGUGGUUUUUGCAGAGACAAGUAAUGGUUGAUUAGUUACUAUUGUUAAGCAAAAUUUUUUAAUGGAUUCUUCAAUUUUGAUUGGACUGAAGAUUUUCAGUUGUCUUUUAGUUUUCUUCUUGUGCAAUGUCGGAAGAGAGAAGAGUCAUCAAAGAGGUGUUUCUGUUGAUGUGUUGUUGCUUAUAAUUAAUGUAAAUUAAGUGU